CAAUCAAUGCUGAAGCAGAAAGCAGUGGCGAGCACUCAGCUGCUCGCAGUCUGCUCAGUCCUGUGCUGGCACUGCUGAACUGGCGAAAGGGACAAGUUCUACAGCAGAUGUUUUUCUCUCUUUCUUUUGUUGAAGAUGAUGGCCUAACUUCGACAGAACUUCUGCUGGCCAGUCACGCAUUGGCUGAAUUGUGACUCUCCGUCAGCAUUUGAGGCCAGCUCUGCAGAUGGGAGGCCACCAACCUGUCAUCUGCUCUGCUCAAAUGCACCAUUUCCUCUCAACUCCUCUUGUCUAAGAUGGCCGUCCAUGGGCUUCUCCUGCACCUGACCCGCCUGGAGCAGACAUGGUGAUCAUCUUCUCGAAAACACUGGAAAAGAAGAAGGGUGUCAGUGAUGUAAGGUCCAAGAACAAGGAGAGACUGCUGCGUGAGCUCCACACCAUGAGCAGAGGGACCACCCUCUUCUCCUGUGGAACUGUGGAAGCGGACAGGUGGCUGGACAUGGGUCGGGGGUGCGCCCUCCAGCAGGCAGCUCCCUGCCAGUCGGGGUCCAGUUUGGAAAGCCUAUGGGACAUACUGCCUGCACAGAGCAGCCACCCCUGGGCCAAAGAGCCAGGCUCCUCCACUGCCAUCACCAGUCUGAUCAGAGACCUCAGCCUUGGGGACAGCAUCAAGACCGGCCCCCUGUGUCUGAGCACCACUACCGCUCCCAGCCAGGCUCCUGCUGCUCCACCCAGCAAACGCCAAUGUCGCUCCCUGUCUUUCUCUGAUGAGUUUGGGAGUUUCCGGUCGUGUUGGAGGCCACAGGGCUCCAGAGUAUGGACGACAGUGGAGAAGAGGAGGUGUCACAGCGGGGGCAGUGUCCGUGGGAGCAGUGCUCACUCAGGGAGUACUCUGCCUGCCAUGCAGCGCAGCUCCAGCUUCAGCUUGCCCUCACGCUGCAGUCUGCCCUUAGACGGACCACUGGACCUGCCUCUCUUCACCCAGCGCCUGCCUCUCCAUCACCAGUUCACUGCCUCCCCCGUGUCUCCCACAUCUCCCCCAUCGCACCAUCAGCACUCCCGGCACCAGCACUUCCUCCGGCCCCUGUCCCUGUCUCAUGAGCAGAUUAGCCUGCCUGAGCUGCAGAGAGAGGAGGCAUCUGAGGCCAGCUCUCCAGACUCCACUCCAGAGCUGGGGAGGCGGGCUGCGCAGAGGUCCCCAGGGAAGGGCUGCCUGUCCCGCAGCAGGUCCCAGCCCUGUGUCAUUGAUCAGAAGAUCGGCAUGAAGCGCAGGAGGCCAGAGGACGCCCAGGAGCAGAGGCCCUCUCUGGACCUGGCCAAGAUGACUCAGAAUCUCCAGACCUUUCAGAGCUUGAGCUGCCCUGGCUUCUCUGCACCGGACCCUUUCCCUCUCCCGUCUUUUGACAUUCGCCCCACUCCGGACUUCAAACCUGCCUGUGAGCCGAGACUGGAGCCACGACAGGAGGAGAGCGAGGACCUGUCAUACGAGGAGGACAGCGACUCGGCGUGUAGCGUGGACUCGCGCUCCCACUCCCCCGAUGUAGCGGACAGUAAAGCGCACGCCCUCUGGAAGGAUGAGUGCGCCACCCAGAGAGACAUUUUCCAGCUGGGAGGAGAGUUGGAUCUCGACCAGAUAGAAAGAAACUGAACAUUUUAUAGAAGACUGUAAAAGACUGAACAAAAAAGGUUACAGAAAGUUAAAGAAUGCAUUCAAGUUUGUGAUGAGAGAGAAAUAGUUUGCGUUCACAAGACAUUAUAGUUUGAAAUUGAGCUGGAGGUCAGGUCAGAUUUCUAUGGCAGAAUGUGCUGUUUAACUGUCAGAUUGCAGACUUGUUAAUCUGGUUUAUGGUUAAUAAACCUGUUUUGUUUCAUGUUGAUAGGCCCUGAAUUAUAAUGUUCAACAUUUUGUCUGUUAGUAUAAAAAAAUGAAAGUGAAAUUACUUUUUCACAAUGGCCAUUAUUCAACCCCAAAGAUGUGAUUGUUAUCAGUAGAAAGGACUGUAAAUGAGAAUACUUUUGAGAGAGAGAGAGAGAGAGAGACGUUUCUGAUCUGAGGGAAAUUCAAGUUUUGUCUCUAACAAAUUAUGAUAGUGGUUCAACAUUUGUAGAUAAGAUAUUUGGAUAAUUUUUGCAGAAACCGUGAAUCUCUAAUGGAGUUAUACAGACCUGUGUCCUCCAUCUGAAAAUAUGACAUCAAACUUGAAUACAUGAACGCAACCUAUAAGGAACAGCAAUAAAAAAUGAAAGGACAGUUGGACAAGUGAUUUUGAGAAGGAUUUGGUAUGUUGUGGACGGAUGUAGACUUUGAACAUUCUUACUGUUUAAAUCAAAUGCAGUCAGUGAUAUUAGUUCUUUUUUAAAUUGGGUGUUCAGCUUAACUCAGGAGUGGGAAAGUGAGGGUUAGUCUUAAGAAAACAAAAAAAACAAAAAACACCAGCCCCCAGCAGCCCCCACUGUCUCUGUGACCUGAUGACCUUUCCGGAGCUGGCUAAUGUUAGAUUUGUAGUUGUACUGUAGUGUAUGUAGGCUCUCCUCAAUUGAAUGAUGGGUAAAAAGAGAGAAGCAUCUUGUACACUUGACCCUUCUGUCCAUUUUUUUUUAUUUUUGUGCGCACAAGAGAAUCUGACUUUGCUGAAUGUAGACUUGAUAAGCUUUAAAAAGGACAGUAAUAACAAAAUGGCAGUGCCUUCUUUUGGAUGCUUGCAUUACCAUUUCAAGAAUCUAGCCUUUGAGAAAACCACAAUGUAUGACCUUUUUUGUAGUUUCUUAAUAUGCAAAGUGUAUAUUGAACGAAAACACUGAAUCUUCUGUUUUUUCAGUUCUAAUUUCAGUGUAUAUUUUUCUAAGGAUCCGUUUUUUAUGAGCUGUUUGUGAAGGAGCAAGAAUGUACAGCCUCUCUUCUAACAGAAUGAAAUAAAUUUGCAAAUUGCA